AUGGCGGAGGAGGCCGCGGCCGAAGGAGCGACGCCUCUUCUCGAGGGCCUCCUGGACGAGAUCGUCCUGUGGGAGAUCCUGCGUGCUGCCCAGCUCCACACCGUCGCUCGGCAUGACGAGCCCUUCUUCCUGGAGGCUUCCUGCGAUGGCCUCCUCCUCUCCAGGUCUUAUUCUGGCUGCCGCCUCGCCCUCUACAACCCGGCCACGCGUGAGCAUGCCUCCCUCAGGUGUCCACCGUGGGGCUUCAACAUCGUGGGGAUGUACCCACACCCACCUACCGGCGAGUACCGGCUGCUGCUGACCAAUUUCUCUGCUCCUGAAGGCCAAACUGGAUGCUAUGUCCUUCCGCUUGGUUCCGACCAGCCACCGAGGUACAUUGGGUGGCUGGAGAUGGUAAAAGUGCUGUGCAUAGAGAUAUCUGCCCUCAUCCGUGAUAGCCUACAUUGGUUCCUACUUGAGCAUAGAAAACAUGUAUUGGUAUUUGACACCACCGCCGAGUCAUUCCGGCACAUGCGUGCUCCACUUGUUCUUGGCGACAGUGACCCUGGCCUGUUUGCGAUGGAUGGCACGCUCGGCAUUGAUUGCCAUAAUGAUGCCAUGGAAAUCAUCACUAUAUGGGUGUUGCAGGAUUAUGAAAGUGAGGUUUGGGACAUAAAGUACCGAAUCAAAUUGCCGGUUGGUGAAAUCAGGAAGAAGUUUGGAGACUAUGGUGAAAGCUGGGGUUUGGGUGUUGGUGUUGUUUCGGGGGAUGGUGACGUGCUCUUGCUGCUCAAUUUUCGUGGGUGGCUGCUUCAAAUUGACAGUGACGGCAAAUUGAUUGAAAGUUCCAAUUGUGGUCAUAGAGACCUGCGGAUAUAUGAAUAUCGGCUCAAACAAAGUCUUGUCCAGCAUGCUUUCUUCCCGGCUCUAAAAAGUUAUGCUAGUAGUGCCUCACUUUUGAUCUAA